GAACGGACGAGAAGUGAAUUUAAUCUGUCAAGUGUCAAAUAGAGAAGUGUUGUUUCGUCAUUUCGACCAUUAAAGAGAUACUUCAGAUUUUCAAACUACAAAAAAACGAAAGAAAAAGAGAAAGAGAAUUUAACAUUUAAUUAAACCGCAAUUACAUACGCGCGAGAUGUAUCGGUGGCAUAUGACACGAGCGAUUAAAUGAUAUUUAUUACAACGGAAAAUAGGUUAUGCUCCGUACAUCGGCGAUUAAGGCGACGAACUCCGUUGCAAGUCGCGUGUUAUUUCGUGGCGCUUUCCUUCGUAUAGGAAUCAAUGGCUCGAUCGUCCGUGUCAGCGCAAUGCGACUUGGUGGCGUCUUACAUGGACGGGGUUCAUGUAAAAAUCGCAGAAGCCUAUAAACCACCAAGGAAGAUUGGCUUACCUGUCGCGUAUAACAACCGAUUGCCGGAUAUAUCGAAGUUAACGUACGACUUCAGCUUAGAAAAAUCGGUACUUGAAAAGAUGAGCGAAUGGCGCAAAGUUAGACAGGCCUACAGCAAGGCACGUCAAGCUCGGCUGAAAGAGAAGAAGAAGAAAGAGAGAGAGGAGACUCCUCCAUCGCCUCCACCAUUGGAUUGCGUAAAGCAGCUACCUAUUAAUGCGCCACCCGCUCCAGAAACGACAAUACUCACGCCACAGCCACUGUCACCUCCAGCAAAUGACUUUCAAGAUCAUGUAAAAAUCAAUGGGGGUUUGGACUUUGCCGACUUCGAUAAUGACACGAGCAGUCCCUUUGAUAAUAUGGAAUUGAAAACUAUCAAUGACAUGGAAGAAUUAGCACAGGUUUUACAACCUCGGUCGCAAUGGAUGCCUGCAGGAAAAUUGGAGAACAUUAUAAAUGAACUAACGAUUGAUGAUACAUCCGAGAUUUGCAAGGAGGAAGAAGCCGAUACGGAGAGUCAUGUCGAUGACGAAGCCGACAAAGAUACACAUAGCAUCGAAAAUCAUCGUAGCGUUUCGACAAUAAUGCAGGAACUUCAAAAAGAAUUAGAACGGCCUGUUAUGGAGAAUUGGAAGCCGUGGCCCGAUUUGGAGAGUCCAGAUAGCGACGCGCAUGUAGUCCCAAGAUACGACAACGUAAUGUCGUCGAAUCACGCAAAAUCGCUAGCAGACUUGUUAUCAGGCAUGACGGAGGAUGAUCUAAAGUUGAUCAUGCAAUUGAGUGACAUGGGAUUUCCCAAAUGCAGAGCGGCGCGCGCGGUACUGGAACUAGGUAGAAUGCACGAGAAGAAGAUCGUGGAAUAUUUAUUAGCCGUCCAAUCCUUAGAAGAGACUGGCGUCCCGAGUGACUAUGCCGAGACAGCGCUGACGCUCGCGCAGCACGAUCAAUCCAAAGCAAAGAUGUACUAUGAAAAUUUAUGCACGUUGAAGGAUCUAGGAUUUCCCGAAGACGAAGCUUCCGCGGCAUUAGUAAAGUGUAACUUUGAUCGUGACAAGGCAUUAGAUCUUCUGAUCGCUUGAGUAGACAAUUGACUCGCCAU